UAUCUCUUUUCUAACUUUCCCAACAGAAACCGCGUUUUCUUGCUCCUUGGUCAUUUUCUCCCGUUUCUCUAUCCUGAUUCGCUGAUCCUGAACCAUCUAAGAAGCUCCCUUCUUGGUCUUCUUUUGCUGCUUCUUCAAAACCCCAUUUUUCGAUCUCAGAGUUAUGAUUUUCGGUUGCUAGCUAGGAGGAAGUGGUUCAGUGAGCUUAACCACAUGGCUGAAAGCGGUGAGGAGAAGUUAUUGGCUAUGGCGCGCCACAUAGCAAAGACGUUGGCUCAAGAUAACAGCAUUGCUGAUGAUAUUCUGCAAAUUUUCUCCAACUUUGAUAGGAGAUUUUCGCGGGAGAAGUUGUCGGAGAUAAGCGGCGGCGAUCAUCCCCGAGGCUAUGUUUCUCUGGAAAAUAGCCUCAACUCUAUCGAUCGUCGGAUCUCACACUAUGUUUCAUUCGAUCAGCCCAUUUGGGCGGACGCGGCUGACGCCGCUGCCUUUCUCGAAGCCAUCGAUGAGUUGAUUGCCACCAUCGGUGAGUGGAGCCCCAUGGCGGCUGAUGAGACUGUUGGCGCGUUCUUGGUACGCGCCGACGACAUGCUUCAGCAGGCCAUGUUUCGUGCGGAGGACGAAUUCAGGUCUCUGAUGGAAAGCGGGGGCGAGUCGUUUGACCUGACUCGGGCGGACUGGAAAAGCGAGUCAACUCGCAACCUGCCUUCUGACUCGGAGGAGGACGAAGAUGCUAAAGCCGAAGCGGUCAUAAGAAACAGUGACGAUUAUCAGAUUCCGUUGGCGAAGCCGGUGUCUGAUUACGACGUCGUACUUGAUGCUCUACCUUCGGGAACAAUUCAGGACCUUCACGAAAUUGCGAAACGCAUGGUGGCUGCUGGAUUUGGGAAGGAGUGCGCACACAUGUAUAGCAGCUGCCGAAGAGAAUUUGUAGAGGAGAGCUUGUCGCGACUAGGGUUACAGAAGCUAAGCAUCGAAGACGUUCACAAGAUGCCUUUGCAAGACCUCGAAGAUGAGAUUGCAAGAUGGAUCAAAGCUUGCAAUGUUGCUCUUCGGAUUUUAUUUCCUAGCGAACAACGAAUCUGCAAUCGCGUUUUCUUCGGCCUCUCCUCUGUUUCUGAUCUCUCUUUGAUGGAGAUUUGCCGAAGAUCGACACUUCAGCUACUCAAUUUUGCUGACGCCGUUGCAAUUGGGAGCCGCUCACCAGAGCGUUUGUUCCGAAUCCUUGAUGUGUUUGAAACAUUGAGGGACCUUAUUCCCGAAUUCGAAUCCUUGUUUUCCGAUCAGUACUCUGUGUUUCUGAAAAACGAAGCAAUCACAAUCUGGAAUAGAUUGGGUGAGGCAAUUAAAGGCAUUUUCAUGGAACUUGAGAACCUGAUUCGACGUGACCCGACAAAAGCAGCAGUUCCUGGUGGUGGGCUUCACCCAAUUACCCGCUACGUGAUGAACUACCUCCGAGCAGCAUGUCGUUCUUGCCAGACCCUCGAACAGGUUUUUGAAGACGGUGGGCCAUCACUGAAGGACUACACGAAGCUUGACGAAAGCAACGCAUCGUCAUCUUCACUUUCUGUGCAAAUGGCAUGGAUCAUGGAAUUAUUAGAGAGCAAUUUGGAAGCCAAAUCCAAAAUUUACAGAGACCCAGGAUUGUGCUCUGUUUUUAUGAUGAACAAUGGGAGAUAUAUGGUUCAGAAGGCAAGAGAUACUGAACUCGGAACCCUUUUGGGUGAUGAUUGGAUUCGAAAACACACGGCAAAAGUCCGGCAAUACCAUGUAAGCUAUCAAAGAAGCUCAUGGAGCAAGUUGCUGGGUUUGUUAAAAAUAGAAAGUGGAUCAUUAUCAUCUAAUGUAGUUGCAAAAUCUAUGAAGGAGAAGAUCAAAUCUUUCAACAUGCAGUUUGAAGAUAUAUGCAGGCUUCAGUCCACAUGGGUUAUCUAUGAUGAUCAACUAAGAGAAGAGAUAAGGAUUGCUCUGGAAAGAAUAUUGCUUCCUGCGUAUGGGAACUUCAUUAAAAGGUUUGAGAAUGUUCCAGAACUUGGGAAGCAUGCUGAGAAAUAUAUCAAGUAUGGGGUGGAGGACAUCGAAGCAAAGCUUCAGGAUUUGUUUCACGGAAACAGUGGAUCAGCUGGUAGCCGAAGGUGACGAUGAUUUUUGUCCCCCUCCCUGAAAAGGAAAAGUCACUAUAUUGCUGUGUAUAUGUAAAAAGUUACAGUGUAUGAUAGAAAACAAAGUUUUUAUUAACAUAGCUCAAACAGUACUGCCAUGGGCAUGAAGGAUUUGGGGUCUUGAGAUGUAUUAGGCAUACAAUAUUGUAGGGUUGGUUUUUUUAAAAUUUUUUUUGUCAGCAUCCCUUUCUUGGGAGAAUACUUUUUGUAAAAGCAUACUAAAUUAUCUUAUGAAACGUAAUAAAGUAGGCUUCAUCUGAUGUUAUAAUAUC